GUGACAGAAGCUAAUCCUCAGUCAGAUUCAUGACCUCAACAGCAUUGUGUAGCCGUCGCGAUCCCCGCAUUCCAACUUAACAGGUCUGGCUGGGGGAGAGAUCGGUACAAUAACCACUGACCAGUAUGUAAAGGGGGUGGGCCAAGAACCUAGAUUUUCACACUAGUUGAGCUGUGUUCAAGUUCUUAUCGAUGAUUGAAUCUGCAAUAGGCGCCAAUGCAGGGUCUCACAGUUAUAAAUAGGCCAAUGGGCGCCUUUCUUUAACUUAACGGUGUCGGCGUCGCCGGGUAUUAUAUUUUGAUGGAUCCCAUCACCAGCGGUCUUACUGUUCUUCAGGUCGUUCGAACUAUAGCGCAAACUUCAGCUCUUUUGUAUGGAUAUGUUGCUUCCGUUCGCAACGCUCCAUUGUCCUGUCAAAGGCUCCUUGACCAGUGCAAUUCAAUUAGAGGAGUCCUCGCCACAGUUAUGGAGAUCGAGAAGGAUCACGGUGACUCUCUUCCAGACAACCUCCACAGUGCACUUUCACAUUUGAUGACCAAAGAUGGACCAGUGGCGAGAUUAGGUGCGGAACUGAAGAACCUUCUGCCAAAUGACCUGGAAAGCGGGAAAAUGAGCAAGAUAACCAGAUGGACCUGGCCUUUCAAGGAAAAGGAAACGGGUGUGAUUGCUGAUAGACUGAAACAAUAUUAUGGCGACAUUACAACAAUUCUAGCCAUUGACUCAUGGAACACCAUCAAGGAAAUCAGCCAAGGAGUCCAGGAGUUAAGAGAGGAUUCUGCCGCACAAAAGAUGCGUGAGAAGGCCGAGGGACUUCAAAAGUUCCUUCAAUGGAUGAAACCUGUCUCUUGUGCUGAAAAGCACGAUAUCUCCCGUCGCCAGCGCAACACUGCGACUGGUCGUUGGAUUUUUCAGGCCGAUCAGUAUAAGACAUGGAAUACAUCAGAUUACGCAUUCCUUUGGUUGAAUGGCCAACCUGGAAACGGAAAGACCAUUCUCGCCUCCGCCGUCAUCGACGAAAUUCAGGGUAGCGAGGAAACACAGCCGCAGACACUCGCUUACUUCUAUUGCAAUUUCCGUGACGACCGCACGACAAUCGCAGCUGCAGUAUUGCGGUCCUUGGUUGUUCAGCUGCUUCGACAAUCUAAAAAUGACUGGAUUACCAAGAUAGACAAGCAGCAAGAAUCGGACGCAGAAGGGGACCUUGUUUCUCUGCGAAAGUUAUGGAAGCAGCAAUCGACCACAGAGCCAUGUCCCACAGAUCUUGGUUUUCUACGAAAGCUUCUUGUUGAAGUGUCUACGCUAGUUCACCUACCAGUCCUCGUGAUCGAUGCCUUGGAUGAAUGCAAGGACCAUCGCGACCUGGUAGAACACCUUGUAAAUCUUGCUGAAGACGCUCGACUACGACUCUUCGUCACCGGUAGAAGGGAGCCAGACAUCCAAGACGCCUUCAAUGAUCUCCCCACGAUGUCGCUGAAGGACAGCGCAGAACAAAUAAAAGCAGAUAUACAGGUUCACAUCACCGAGCAGCUGAAGACUCAGAGGCGUUUGUCACGCCUACCCGAUACACUUAAAAAGCUCAUCAUGGAGAAACUGUUGGAAAAGGCCGAGGGCAUGUUUCGCUGGGUUCAGUGUCAACUGGAGGAAAUUAUGGGCUGCAAAAGGCCUGACAGUAUUCGGAAAGCCCUCGACAACCUUCCGGCGGGACUAUAUGAAACCUAUGACAGAAUUCUUCGCUCCAUCGAAGAAAGAGGGCGCGACGAUGGCCCGAUUGCCCAGAGCUGCUUGCUUUGGCUGGCUGGCACACUCAUCCCGUUGACGCUUGACCAGCUCAAUGAAGCGAUAAUGAUCGAAGUUGGGCGGUCGAGUCUCAAUGAGGACCUUGGCGUAAUGGACCCUAUGGAUAUCGUGGCCGCUUGUGGAAGCCUUGUGACCUAUGACGAGAAAACUGAUGUCGUGGCUCUAUCUCAUUAUAGCGUCAAAGAAUACCUGAUCAAUCGUCACCCCAACAACAUCCUAAAAUCGAUCUCAGACAUGCAUGCGCGUAUCUGCGAGCUCUUGAUUACCUAUUUGUUAUGCGACUUUAUGGAUGAGAUCUGCGCAAAAAAUGAACAUCCAGCUCUACGUCGUUCAGCACCUCGUGUUGCAGGCCGUGCCAAUGCUACCGAUGCCAGCAAAGACCAUCCAUUGCUGAGCUAUGCCAUUCGUGGAUGGAUGCACCUUGGGCAUGUUUCGGAUGAGGAUCCUUGCAUUAUAAACGCCCUGGCGCGGCUAAACUCGGAGUAUCUUCGAAACACGGGGAAACAUCGUGUGCUUGCAACACAAACCGACAUUCGGCAAAUUUGGGAUGAACCUAGGUGGUUGAGUGGAACUGUGGCUUUGCCCUCCCUUAUAUUCAUCCCGCUCGAGCACGGAAAGCCAUGGAUGAUCGAAUUUCUCGUCAAGCAGCAACCUCAUCUACUGGACGUAGAUAUUGCCCCUGGUUGGGGUUCUCCCUUGAUUUUUGCCAUAGCCAAGAAUCCCGACUUCCUCAGUAUACUCAAUAAGCUGGGCGUCAAUCUCAACAAACUUUCUUCUGUCAGGCCUAGCCUAUACAACCAAUAUUUCAUUCGUGACGGCUCCUAUGCUCCAAUUUCGUGGGCAGCUAUGAUUGGAAGGGAAGGCACCGUGGAUUUCUUGCUAUCACAAACGGAGGUUGACCUACCUGAUGACAUUCUGCGCAUGGCCAUUAUGGCAAGCAAGCCAUCGCCCGAAUCUAUCCAUAAAUUUUGUCAACGCGGUGCGGAUGUCAAUUUCACUGUCGACGGUUCUACCCCUAUCCAUACUUUACUCGCCCGUCAACCCGGUUGGCCAUUCAAUGACGGGGGCCACCUUUUACCCGUCGUAAAAGCGUUUGUUGAACCGUCUUUCAAUCUUUCUUUGCAAGACCGGACUGCCAGAACAGUACUACACAUAGCUCUUGAUGGUCGUCUUGAAGAUAUUGUCACGUACCUCCUCGAGCAAAACGCAGGGCUAUCAGCAACAGCGACUCUCCAUACAGACAUGUGGUCCUGGGUUAAAAACGAGACGUGGUAUUCCAAGAUUCAAGCAGCGGUUCUCGCUGCUGAUAAACAGUGUACUAGAAUCAAGGGCAAGGUUGUUGAUACUACAACGAAAUCCCGACUCGUCGAGUUUUCAGUAGCAGCCAUUUCCAACAGUGAUUACUAUCCGAUUUGUGCUGUCGUUGUUUCAGCGAUAGUCAAUAUCGAGCAGUCAAGCUUUGACGGUAUUCACGCUAACACUCGCGCCGACCUUUCAUAUUGUAAUCAGUCAGUUGAACAGGAAAUCCAAAACUCCCCGAAAGAUGAUUCCUCCAGCCUCAAGUUCGACUUUGUAUGGCUACGUGGGCAGCGUGUCUCUAGUCGCUUGUUCGACUAUCAUCAAGGAGACAAAGUUACCAGCAUGCUACGGCACUUAAAUGAAGAUAAAGACUCGACUGGCACCUCCCUUUUUCUUCAGAUGUCCGGGAACGUAUGGAACACCCACUCCAUUCCAGAAGUUGCGGUACUCGACAUCUACAGAGGUUAUUUGCAUUAGUUUUGAUCGAUCAUCAUUCAUCUGAGGUUGUGAAGUGCGCUACAGUAGUUACUUAAGUGCUUAUUGGCGCAUUCU